UGAAGAGCUGAUUCAGGCAGCAAGGGGACCGCCCAUCAACAAGACACAGAAGACAGCCAUGGCCUCAGCAGCGCCCAUAGGGAAAGCGUUAGAAGAAGCCACUUGCUCCAUCUGCCUGGAGUAUCUGACGGUGCCAGUGACCAUAGACUGUGGGCACAACUUCUGCCAAGCCUGCAUCACCCAGUACUGUGAGCAAAGGAAGCCUGAAUCAGGCACACAGUUCCCCUGUCCUGAGUGCCGAGCGCUGUUCCAGAAAGGGAAUUUCAGGCCAAACAGGCAGCUGGCCAAUAUCGUAGAGAGCAUCAAACCACUGAGGUUACAGCCUGAGAAAGCUCAGAAUGAAAAUCUGUGUGAGACACACAAGGAAAAACUCCAGCUUUUCUGUAAGAAGGACGGAAAAGCCAUCUAUGUGGUCCCCAUAGAGGAAGUUGCCCAGGGUUAUAAGGUGAAACUCCAGGAAGCCCUGGGCCCUCUGAGGCAGGCACUGGAGGAGGCCCUGGAGCUGACAUCUAAAGAGCAGAAGAAAUACAUGAAUUGGCAGGACAAAGUGGAGAAUCGGAGACGGUCGAUCACACGUGAAUUUAAGAAACUGCACCAGCUUCUGAGUGAGGAAGAGCAGCUGCUCCUGCGGAGACUGGCGGAGGAGGAGAGGGAGAGUCUGCAGAGACUACAGCACAAUAUAACAAAGCUUUCAGAGCAGAGUGCUGCACUGAUCAGUCUCAUCACAGAGAUGGAGGAGAAGCGUCAGCAACGGGCUGCUGAACUGCUGCAGGGUGUGAAAAGCACAUUGAUCAGGAGUGAGCAUGUGAAACUCCAGCCACCAGAAGCCGUUUCUCCUGCCCUGAAGAACGGGUAUAAAAUCUGCCUUGACAUGAGGGAAAUGCUGGCGAGAUUCACUCUGGACGUGACUCUGGAUCCAGACACGGCUCAUCCCAACCUUGUUCUGUCUCAGGAUAGGAAACAUGUGAUACGCAAAACCAAACGACAAAAUCUGCCCAAUAAUCCUGAGAGAUUUGAUCCCUGUGUCUUUGUCCUGGGUGCUGAGGGAUUCACAGGAGGGAGGCAUUACUGGGAGGUGGAGGUGGGAGACAAGACUGGAUGGAUUCUGGGGAUUUGUAAGGAGUCUGUGAGCAGGAAGAGUCCAGAUCACCUGUUGCCUAAAAAUGGAUACUGGACUAUGUGUCUGAGAGAUGGGGAAUAUGAGGCCCUCACCUUCCCCGCAAUCCCCCUCCAUGUGGGCAUCAAGCCCAGCCAGGUUGGGAUUUUCCUGGAUUAUAAGGCAGGCGAGGUCUCAUUUUACAAUGUGACUGACAGAUCCCAUCUCUUCACUUUCACUGACACCUUCUUUGGAACAGUCCGUCCUUUCUUCAGUCCCUGUGCCAAUGCUGGAGGUAAAAGUGCAGCUCCCCUCAUAAUCUGCUCAGUCCCAGCUCAGGCCAGAGGGAAUCCUGGUCCCUGAAGGUGACACCUAAGCUGGCCACUCACACAUUGCCAGAAUACCAGACUUCCUGACACUUCUGGAAACAGCCUGCUCCUGCCCCCCCCCCGGUGUGAUGGUGAAAAGGACAUCAACUUCCCCCCACUUCCCACCUUCACCCCUCUCACUUUCCAGAACCCAGCCUCUGAUGUGGGGAAGAGGAGAUAGGGGUGCAGUCAUGAGGGGAUGGGGUGCAGGCUGCUGGGCUGUGUAGGAUCCAGGGCAGGGAGGAGUUUGUAGAAGCAGGAAUGGAAAAGCCCAGAUCACAAGAGGCAGGCUGGGCGGAGGCGGUUGUAAUGAGGGGGUAGGGGAGAGAGGCCCAAGGAGGAAGAGCCCCUGGCAGAAAUGACAGAGGGGAGGAGAGGAGCCCAGUGAGUGCAAUGGGGCCAGUGAGCGGCAGGUACAUCCCAGCAUUUCCUGGCCUGGGUGAGUCUCUGCCCAUGGAGGGGAGUGAAGCGGCCACAGGGGUGGUGCGGGGGCAGGAGUGAGAGCG